AUGUCUGUCUCAUAUAGUUCUGAUGCCACUCUUGAUAGUGCCACCUGGGUGGCUGUCUUACUGAGUGAACGCGAUGUCGCCGGUCAGAUCCCAAUCAACUUUGUCACCAAUCCCGCUGUAUCCUUGAAAGCUGCCUGUUUUGGAGAUAAUCUCUACGAUAAAACUGCAGCAGCAAAAUGCAUAUCCAAUCUUCUGUCGGUCGGGUACCGACGGCUAAUCCUGGACAUAUAUUGGUCGGUAGAACAUAGGACGUGGACAUUCUGCCCUGUCAGCAUCCCUACCGAGGCAGCUGUCACAGUCUCAGCAUACACAUCUACUGUGAGCAGUUCCUCGACAACAUCCACCGUCACGUCCGUAUCCACCGAGUCCGCAUCCACAACAAGCGAUACCGCAGGCGCGACGAUAACGGGGUAUAAGGAUUCCGAUGGAGACACAAUCUAUGAGCUCGGUCCGUACAGAUGUACCGAUGAACUUGAUCUAUACACAAUAUCGCAAGUUCUGGUCGGAUACUUCCAAAGCACAACAUCUAGAGAGAAGACCUAUACAACCUGGUUGGCUCUGAACCUUCAUGUCGCAGGCAGCGAUUCGGCGCCGACAGAGCCUGCAUCUGAGGUGACGGGUGAUGACUUGCCCAAAACAGACACAGAGCGGGUUGGCUCAUACCUCGCGACAGAACUUGGUAGCUAUAUCUAUACUCCAGCUCAGCUUACCAAGGAUCGAAGCAACCUGAACGAGUCCUGGUAUGAGGUCGACGAGACCUAUAUGCCUAUUGUGGAAUAUUACACGAUUCAUAAAGACGAGUCUGGUCAACAGAGCACUCCAGAUGGAUGGCCUUCCGCAAAAUACAUCCAGUUUGCCAAAUCGGACCGAGUACUAAUUGAGUAUGGGUCGGUGGAUCCCCAGCUGGCCACAUAUAACCUGUCGCAAGAUGAGGACAAUAUCUUCAGUCCACAUUUUAUGUCAUCUGGUGUGAAGAUAUCCACCGCGGAGAACGGUACGGUGACUUCAGGUUGCUUAUAUGAACCAGGGGCCACCGCGGUAUCUCAAGCCAACUCAUCGUGGGCAAUUAGCCAAAUCCCCGUUACAGAUGGAAAAUCCGCGGACAGUACCAUGGGUUCUGUCGCCGAUGUCAUCGCUGGCAUUACUGCCUGCGGUAUGUCCCCGAUGCUGAACAGUACUCUAUUCGGUCAAAGCGCCGACGCGAAUGUCGAGUAUUACCGCAAUGUCUCUCUUUCAUCGGGCUGGGCUUGGGCAAUCGGCGAGCCCAAAGGCGCUGGUACUGGUGGGGGUACAAGUGGCAAGCCAGCAUUUGACCGUUGCUCGAUCAUGGAUUUAUCACUGGAAGGCCGCUGGCGUGCCACCAACUGUACUGAAGAACGAAGGGGGGCCUGCCGAGUAGGCAAUUCCCCAUUCUUGUGGACCAUAACGAAUGCAACGGGAAAGUAUUCAGAGAUCUCGGAUUCGUGCCCACCAGGGUCCACUCUCGCAGUGCCUCGGACUGGCCUCGAAAACACCUAUCUCUAUAAGCAACUCCUCUCCGAACCUUCAGCGACUCUGGACUCAACAUCCUCUAACCCUGCCUUACGUGAAGUCUAUUUGGAUUUCAAUUGUAUCGAUGUCACUUCUUGCUGGGUCACCGGUGGGGCAGAUGCUACUUGCCCCUACGCCAAUGAUCCACAAGAGCUGGAACGCAGGACUGUGAUUGUCGCAGCUGUUGCAGGAGUUAUAGUUUUGGUCAUUUUUGCAUUGACUGUCUUUGUCAAGUGUAAUACUAAUCGUCGGAACUCUCGUCGUCGAAAGCGUGUUAUUGAGGGCUGGGAGUAUGAGGGCGUUCCCUCGUAA